CUUCUGAACUCAACUAACACGCUAAACCUUUACACUUUAAAAUAAAUAUUAUAUGUUAUCUGUUAGAUGUUUAGACUUGAUGAAUGAUACUACAUAUGCAGUGUAUAGAAAAGCAUAGACGAGACAAAUUAAUAGAGAAUGGAGAGGAAAGAGAAAAGUAACCCAUUCGAUACGGUUGGUGUUUUCUCUCGUAUAUUUUUCUGUUGGGUUUUUCCAUUAAUAAACGAGGGAAGAAAGCGAGUUUUGACGGAAAAAGAUUUAUUCGAAAUUUCAAAAUAUCAUUCUUCAGAGUAUCUUGGAGAUUUGCUUCAGAAAGAAUGGAACAAGGAAUUGCAGAAGGGGAAUUCGAGCAUACUGAAAGCUUUAUUACGUUUCGUUGGUUGGAAAUACUUAAUAAUAAUGUUACUUUCAAUCAUUCAGGCAACGUUGUUAACUGCAGGCCAAGCAUACUUCGUAGGAUUAAUAAUAAAUUAUUUUGAGAACAGACAGGAAUUGAAUCAAUACAACAUUUAUGCUACAGUUGCGGGAUUUUUUGGCCUAAUUGCGAUUUAUUUGUUUGUAGUUAAUAUUCUUGUGUUUAUAACUGAAUUACAUGCAAUGAAGUUAAAGAUAGCUUUCUGCACUCUUACAUAUAGAAAGGCAAUUAGGUUAUGUCCUUCGUCUCUGGAAAGAUCAAAUGUGGGACAAAAGGUCAAUCUCCUAGCGAAUGACGUCAGCAAAUUCCAAAAUAAUGUUGCCUGUCUUCCACCUUUAGUUAUGUCUCCUUUUUUCAUCAUUACUUCGAUAGCCAUGUUGUGGAAGUAUUAUGGAUGGACUAUUCUAAUUGGAUUCUUAGUCAUAUUUAUCUAUCUUCCUAUACAAAUUGCUUUCAGUAAACUAUAUUCAAAAUUGAGAUUACAAGCAGCUGUAUUGGGAGACGAAAGAUUGAAUCUGUUGAACGAGAUGAUUGCUGAUAUGAGAUUAAUCAAGAUGUACACCUGGGAAUCGCCAUAUGCCGCUUUAAUAGAAAAAAUCAGAAUGAAAGAAAUGAAAAAAAUUCGAAUGUUUUUAUAUGCAAGUGGAAUAUUAAUUAUAUUGGGUUAUCCUAUAUCGAAAUUAUUUACUUUCUUCACAUAUCUCGCAUUUCUUUUAAAUGGAGGACAAUUAAAUGCCGAAAUUGUAUUCGUCACAAUGACGUUUUCAAUGUAUAUCUUCAUCUACAUUAUUUGUCUAGUUUCUCACGCAUUGGGAUCUGUUGCAGAAAUUUUGGUUUCAUUAAAGAGGAUACAGAAUUUCCUCCUCCUUCAAGAAAAAGAUAACAAUGCAGUCAAAACUGUAGAAGAGGAAAAAAAUUUAACAGAAUACGAAAUACGAAUGGAUAGGGUCGCAGCUGCUUGGAAAAAAGGAUUUGAACCAACAUUAAAUGGAAUAUCACUAAACAUGCAGUCUGGAGAAUUAUUAAUUGUCAUAGGCCCUGUUGGAUCGGGGAAGACGUCUUUAUUAAUGUCAUUGUUGGGAGAGAUUCCAAUUACUUCUGGUGAAGUGUCGGUGAAAGGAAAGAUCUCAUAUGCUUCUCAAGAAUCUUGGGUGUUUAACGCGACUAUCAAAGAAAAUAUCUUGUUCGGAGAAGAAUAUCAAGAAGACAAAUAUAAAGAAAUCUUGCAUAUAACGGCUCUAGAAAAGGAUAUUAGCUUAUUUCCUAAAGGAGAUCUGACUAUUGUAGGAGAAAGAGGAGUGAUAAUGAGCGGUGGACAGAAGGCACGAAUUAAUCUAGCAAGAGCGCUAUAUCUGGAUGCUGAUAUUUUCCUCCUGGAUGAUCCACUGAGUGCUGUUGAUGUUCCAGUGGCUAAACAUAUAUUCGAAAAAUGUAUAAUAGAAUAUUUGAAAGACAAGAUUUGCAUUCUCGUUACGCAUCAAAUUCAAUUUUUAAACUCUGCAAGCAAAAUUUUAGUGUUAAAGAAGGGAAAAUGUGAAUUCUUUGGAAAUUUCAAUGAAUUGGAAAAUUUAGAAAUACAUACAGAUGUUCUGCGAAAAGAUGUCUCUGAAAAUAGCAUUGAUCUAGAGACUGCAGUUUUCAAUGAUAAUGAUAUAAUUGGAAUUCCUCAAUGUGAUAUGAAUGAUGACAUUGAAGAGAGUAACAAGAGUAAUGAGGAAUCCGAAAAUAACCAAACACUACAUGACAAUGAAGGAGUUAAGAAACUAGGAAUUUCAGUUUAUAAAUCAUACGUGAAUGCCGGAGCCGGAAAUUUCUUCAAGAUUGUUAUUUUAUCUAUGUUAAUUACAGCGCAAUCCCUUAUAUGUGCCAGCGACUAUUGGCUAAUCAAAUGGUUGCGAGAUAUUAGAAUCUAUAGCCAAAGUAUAGAGAAUCUCGACAAUAUUACAUCUAACACAAGUAUUUUUCACAACAUUGAAGACAAUGAUUUUUAUCACACUGAAUAUUUUAACUUGUAUGUUUACAUUGGAUUGACAUGUGCUGUAUUUCUAACAACGUUACCUUCUGGAUUAUUGGUAUACAGAUUCUUUACAAUGGCUUCUUUCAAGCUGCACAACAAUAUGUUUCGUUGUAUCAUUCGAACUCCGAUAUCAUUUUUGGAUAACAAUCCCGUUGGAAAAAUCUUAAUUCGGUUUUCCAAAGAUGUUAGUUCCAUGGAUAAUUUGUUACCUUUCUUUACUUUCCUUGUGAUAAGAAUAGCUUUUCUUGUUGUCGGCAUGUGUGUUCUUCAAGCAAUACUCUGUCCUUAUCUAUUUCUAAUGAUUGCUGUCCUUUUAGUAAUAUUCUGUGCUUUGUGGACAAUCUUUAGCCGAGUGUUGAAAAGCGUAAAACAUUUGGAAGGAAAAUUGAGAAGUCCAGUAUUUUCUCAUCUGAGUGUAUCUCUUUACGGACUGACGACAAUUAGAGCAUUUAACGCUGAAACCAAAUUUAAAUCUAUGUUUAAUAAGUAUCAGGAUAAGCACACUUCAACGUGGUUUCUUUAUUUGUCUUUGAAUCGAUGGAUUUCCGUAUACGGUCACAUAAUUUGUUUCAUAAAUCUAAUUAUUACUGUUAUUAUUUUUGGUGUUUCAAAUAAUUCAGAUGACGCAGGAAGCCAAAUUGGACUUGUAUUGAAUUACGGAAUAAUAAUAAUUGUAUAUUUUCAACUCCUUAUUGGAUAUACAUCUGAAAUGGAAUUUCAGAUGAACUCGGUAAAGCGCAUUCUGAAAUACAGCAAAUUGAAAUCAGAAGCCUCGUACGAAAGUUCACCCGAUAAACGACCCCCCGCAGACUGGCCACAAAAAGGAGAAAUUCAUUUCGAUAAUGUUUCUUUACAAUACUCCAAGGAUAAAAACAUCGUUUUAAUGAAUUUAUCUUUCCGUAUUCAUUCUGGAGAAAAGAUAGGAAUUGUUGGAAGAACAGGAGCAGGAAAGAGUUCUAUAAUUGCUUCGUUAUUUCGCAUGACAGAGCCAACGGGAACAAUCACCAUCGAUGGAGUCGACACUAAGAAAAUCGGUCUUCGGGAUCUACGUAGUAAAAUAUCAAUCAUUCCUCAAGAUCCGAUGUUGUUUACCGGUCCUCUUCGAAGAAACAUCGAUCCUUUCAAUGAAUAUUCGGAAGAAACGCUGUGGAAAGUCAUAGAAGAGGUACAGUUAAAAGAAGUUAUUAGUAAAUUACCUGGAGGAUUGGAUACACAUUUAACAGAAGGAGGGCGAAAUUUCAGCGUGGGAGAAAGACAGUUAAUUUGUCUGGCCAGAACCAUUCUUCGCCAGAAUAAAAUUCUCGUCAUGGACGAAGCAACGUCCAACAUUGAUAAAAAAACCGAUUCCUGUCUACAGAAAAUAAUUCGAGAGAGAUUCAAAUCUUGUACAGUGUUGAAAAUAGCCCACAGAUUAAACACAAUUAUCGAUUCGGAUAGAGUUAUGGUACUAGAUGUAGGAAAAUUACAAGAAUUUGACUCGCCGUAUGCAUUACUGAAGAACGUAAACGGUACUUUUUAUAAUUUGGUAAAAAAGACAGGAAAAACUUCAAUGAAUGAGUUAUUCAAAAUUGCCAAAGAGAAAUAUUACGCUAAAGAAAGGAUUGAACAAACGAAACUAUAAAACCGUGGAUUGUCUUCAAUGUAUAUUCAUUUGUAGAUCUGGUAUUAUGUUUUUUAUUUAAUCCUGUUCAAAGAGACAUUGUGUCAAGAAGUAUUUCCGCACAUGAAGUAAAACAGAAAAUUAGAAAUGUCUAAACAUUUGUGAGUUCAACUAUUAAAUUCAUCUAUGAUAAACAUUACUGAAAUGUAAUCAGAAGGUUUUUUUAGAUAAUAUAUUUUAGAAAUAUUUACAAUGGUUUAAUGCCGAAAUGAACUGAAUCUUAAAAUAUGAAAGAAUAGUUAAAAAGUUAAAGAACAGACUUUAAUUGAAAUAAUUUAAUACAACUUUUGUUUAUGAAUUUCAUUAGGUAAAUCUUAAUCCAAAAUAUAAUUCAAUAUUAAAUAUGUAUUCUGGCAGAAAUUUGCUUUACCGUAAUAAGUAAAAAUAGAAUUAAACUGUUC